CGGCCAGCCCCGUCUGUGUCUUGCUCCCGCUUGAUAAGCUUUUUCUCUCUUUCUGCCGCUCAGAAGGCAUGGUUUGAGCCCUUAAACUGCAACUAGUCCGAGUUUGAGAACUCAGACCCUAUCAAGGUCCCCGCACGCGACCAGCUACCUUGUUGGGUUAAUCCCUUUGCUAGGCUCCACGGCUGUCAUCUAGCUGGAAUGUAACCAGGUUCUCCCUUGAUACGACGGAGUCCGCAUCUUUUGUCCGACAUUGGCCCCGUUGAUCGUCCCUCUUGCGCCAACCGCUCAAUGACGACCUGCAAUAUAUAACCCUAACUCUCCCGCUCUGUGCAAUAUGACUCUUCCCCGGCUGCGUCUUCGUGCGUCCCGCUUCUCCCUGCUCAUUUUCGUCUGUCUCUUUCUCGUCACCCUCAACCUCUUUCCGUCCUCGAUGCUGCUCUCCACCCAGGUGGUCCUAGUCACCUUGGGCGCCACCGCCGCAGCCCUCCCCAGCGCAUCCAGCGCAGCCUCCGCACCCACCGGCUUCCUGCCCCCCGGCUUCGACAUCACAGCCUACUGGGGCAAUCUGCGACCCUACAAAGAUGCCUCCGGCUUCAACGUGUCGACCGGCGUGCCGCUCGGCUGCGAACUGUCGCAGGUGCACAUCCUGCACCGCCACGCGCAGCGAUAUCCCACCGCGUACCCGCUCGACGCCGGCAGCAUGGAGGGCUUCGCGCAAAAGCUGCACAACCACCGGCUGCAGUACCCCAACGUCUCGCUGGGCACCGGCCCGCUGGCCUUCCUGAACGACUGGAAAUACCUCAUGGGCACCGAGCUGCUGCUGCCCUCAGGCGCAGCCACCGAGGCGACCUCCGGCGCCCACUUCUGGAACAAGUACGGUCGCCCGCUGUUCCGCGCCCCCGCCGGCCUCGCCAGCUGGGACCCCUCGCUAAACGUCUAUCCCAACGGCACCCAGCGGCCCAAGCCCGUCUUCCGCUCCACCGACCAGGCCCGCAUCCUCGAGAGCGCCCGCUGGUGGCUCAGCGGCUUCUUCAGUAGCACCAAUGCCAACAGCUCCGCCAGUGAAUACGACCUCGUCGUCAUCCCCGAGUCCGCCGGCUACAAUAACACCCUUGCCGCCACCUGUCCAAACACUGACUGGUCCAUAGGGUACGCCCCCCCACCCCUACCCUUAAAGCACCAGAGAUAUAGCGUCCCGGGGAAGAACCCCCGGCCCCCCCUUUCCUUCAGCUUCCUGGCAACCUCAAUUCUAUAAUACUAGAAUAAGUGUUCCCGGGGGAGAACCCCCGGACCCCCCUUUCUUUCAGCUUCCUGGCUACACUCAAUCCCAAGAACACAGAUAUAAAUUGUUCCGGGGAGAACCCCCGGACCCCCCUUCUUUUUACUACAGCAAU